AUGACGGAGGCGAAGAUACGGACGGAGGAGGCGCGGGACCUCACACGGGUGGAGCGCAUCGGGGCGCACUCACACAUCCGCGGUUUGGGCCUUGACGACGCCCUCGAGGCGCGCAUGAGCAGCCAGGGCAUGGUCGGCCAGGUCGAGGCCCGUCGCGCCGCCGGUGUGGUGGUGCAGAUGAUUAAGGAGGGCAAAAUCGCCGGCCGGUGCGUCCUCCUCGCCGGUGGACCCGGAUCCGGCAAGACGGCAAUUGCGAUGGGCAUGGCGCAAGCGCUCGGGCCAGAGACGCCGUUCACGAUGAUCGCCGGAAGCGAGAUCUUCUCGCUGGAGAUGUCCAAGACGGAAGCUCUCACGCAGGCAUUUCGCCGUAGCAUUGGCGUGCGCAUCAAAGAGGAGACGGAAAUGAUAGAAGGUGAGGUGGUUGAGAUAUCUAUUGAGCGUCCCUCCACGAAUCCUGCAGAGGCGAAGGGACGCACUGGACAACUGGUGCUUAAGACAUCUGAUAUGGAGUCAACCUUUGAUCUUGGAAUGAAAAUGAUUGAGAGUCUCCAGAAAGAAAAGGUGCAGGUAGGUGACGUCAUCACGAUUGAUAAAGCAACCGGGCGUAUCAACAAGCUAGGGCGUAGUUUCGUGCGAAGCAAGGACUACGAUGCCAUGUCUUCAAACACCCGGUUUGUCCAGACCCCCGAGGGAGAGCUCUCAAAGCGGAAGGAGGUGGUACACACAGUGACGCUACACGAAGUAGAUGUCAUCAACUCGAGACAGCAAGGCUUCCUUGCACUCUUUGCCGGUGACACAGGUGAAAUCAAGCACGAGGUGCGUGAACAAAUUGACCAGCGCGUGGCCGAGUGGCGGGAGGAAGGCAAGGGUGAGAUUGUUCCCGGUGUUCUCUUCAUUGAUGAAGUGCACAUGUUGGAUAUUGAAAGCUUCUCAUGGCUGAACCGCGCGCUGGAGAGUCCACUCGCGCCGGUCGUUGUGAUGGCCUCUAACCGCGGCAUAUCCCGAAUCCGCGGUACGCAGUACAAGGCACCGCACGGCAUCCCUAUUGACCUGCUCGACCGCAUGGUGAUCAUCGCGACGAAGCCGUACACUGAGGCGGAGCUCAGCAAGAUUAUUCGCAUUCGUUGUGAGGAGGAGGACGUUGAGAUGGAAGAGGAUGCCAUCACGCUCCUCACAAUGCUGGGUAAGAGUACCUCGCUGCGAUAUGUUCUGCAGCUCAUCACAACAGCGAACCUUGUCACACAGAAACGGCGGGCCUCAACAGUGUCUGUGCACGACAUCAAGAAGGUGUACUCUCUUUUUAUUGACCUGCGCCGCAGCGUUGAGUUGCUGCGGGAACAUGAAAAAGACUUCCUGUUUGGUGAAGCCGAUGAAGCUGUCGAGUUGGCGCACGGCUCAAUGUUCCAAAAUGAGGAAGAGCAGCCUUAA